UACAGAAAGAAUGCCAAGGGCGCCAAAACCUAUCAGUGUGUGUGAGUGUACAUGUGUGCGUGUCAGCUCCGCACUUUGGUCAAAGUCCUUUUUGAUCACCUACUCUCUAUUUCUAAAAACAUAACAGAAGCCCUUUUGUGCAAAAUCAGGGCAAUAGCGUUAGGUAAUUUCCAGAGAAAAGUGCACAUCUGCAGAAUAAAUAUGAUUGCAUAAGUGCGUGUCUUCUUCGUGUGGACGUGAAUCCCCCACUUGCUGCUAUCAAAGAGUCAAAACUGUGUUUAUUUCCUGUUCCUGCUCUGUGCAUGUUCUGGGGCUGCCAUUACGAUGAUGUUGCGGUUACUCCUUCUCACUUUGCUUCUCACGGUCAUGGCUGCUACGUUAGAUACAAGAGAUUUAGGUUCAGGAGAUGGAGACUUCCCAGAUGAUGAAAUAGAAGAUGAAACUGAACGCAUUAAGGAAACACGUACAGAAGAAGUGAAAAAUGGAAUUGAAGACCAAGAUAUUGAUGAUGGAAGCACCACAAUCAUUAUCAUAGCAGCAGUGAGUGUGGUUGCUAUAGCCAUUCUGGCUAUAAUAGCUGUUGUUCUCUUCAAACGUCAUUUGCAGAGACGGGAACAAGGUGUGUACAGUGUACCAGUGGAGCAGGGCCAGAAAGGUGUCUAAACUUGCAGUUCUCCAUUUCUGCUUCUGGGAUCUCAUCAGGGACACCUCGACACAAAAAGAGCUCCAUUAAAAAACACUCUGUCAUCUCUGGCCAUCUCUUCUGUCCCACUUGCCCACUAAUGCCUGCUGCAAAACCCCCAAAGCAGGCAUUUUAUUCUUACUGUCAUUCCAUUAUACUCGUUUUCAGAUUAAUCGAUUUUAAAUGAAUGCACUCUGUUGUUGUAAUGCCAUGGACCAAAGAACAAUUUCUGCACCAUUAAUACCAUUUGUUUCUAAUAGAGACACUUUGUUUUAUGUUUUUAGUUUAAAACCUCUAAACAUCUCUUAUGUGCUAUUUGCUGCAGUGUAGCCCUCAUGAUUCUUUAUCUGGUCCAAAUCAGAUGCACUUUAAACAACUGGUUGCUCAGAGCAAUCAGAUAAACUUCCUGCAAUUUUUUUCCAUUCAUGGUAAGCCAUUUUUCUGCAUAUUUUCCAACUGACCUCAUGCAGAAUCUCUAAAUCAUUCAAGGGUACAGUAUAGGGGGGAAAAAACCCAGAAACAAUGUUUCAUGUGUAGAGCUGGACUGGCUUUAGAAAAAAUGUAACCAGAUGGUGACUGAGAAACUAUGGAUAGACCUGUGACACUUUCAUUUCAUACAAGAACUUCUCUUGCUCUAACUUCACUGGAGUGCUAAUCACCUCAAGUUCAAGUGGCUGCUGCUCUUUAGCACAAAGAAACCCUCUGAAAUCCCAGGAUCUGGAGCGGCCAAUUGGGCACUAUUUCAACUUAGGUCACUGUUGUGGCAGGGAAUCUCUUACAGGGAUAUUUUUUUACAUAAGUGACUAAGCCAAAUCACCUGUGUGUGGGUGAAAAGUAGGUGUGAAACACACCUACACAGGUGUCGAGCAUUCAUCCUUGCUUUUACUCGAUUUUCUCGCUUCAGGUCUUUCUUUCAAAUAAAGUGGUGCUCUAAUUGCAUAGGCCUCUAGGUGUUUGAGAUUGACAGUUAAGUGUGUGUGUGUGUGUGUGUAUGUGUGUGUUGAGCAGCACUCGUCUAAAAGUUCAUCAAUGUAGCCUACAGUACAGUGUAACAAUUCUGUUAAGUCGCUCACUGAAAGAGUUCUUGCACUGAUUCCAUUUUAGAUAAGAAAAACAUUUCAAAGUAAUGUAGCAAUCUUUAAUUUCAUUGGAUUUGAAAACACAAAUUCAUCUUUCUGGGAAAAGUUGUAGUGAUUAUUAUUAUUAUUAUUAUUAUUAUUAUUAUUAUUAUUAUUAUUAUUAGUGGUAGUAGUAGUAGUAGUAGUAGUAAUAGUAGUAGUAGUAGUAUUGUUAUUAUUAUUAUUUAAAUUUUUUUUACUACAAAGCCUCUUCUAAAAUCUAUUUUUCUGCUUUGCACCAAGUAUCACUUUUACUCAAGAUGACAGAUUUCAGGAGCACAGUGACUUAGUGGUUAGCACACACACCUAACACUUCCAGGGUUGAGGGCUCGAUGUGUUUGCGGAGUUUGCAUGUUAGCCCCGUGCUUUGGGGGUUUCCUCUGGGUACUCCAGCAUUGUAGGCUGAUUGGCAUGUUCAAAAGUGUCCACAGUGUGUGAAUGUGUGUGUGAUUGUGCCCUGCGAUGGAUUGGCACCCUGUCCAGGGUGUCCACCACCUUGUGCCUCAUGCUCCCUGGGAUAGGCUCCAUGUUCCCCACGACCCAGUAAGGAUAUGCGGUACAGAAAAUAGAUGUAUGGAUGACAGAUUUUCUUUAGAGUGCCCGUUCUUUGUCCUGUCUGAAACGAGUUUAUUAGAAGAGAAAUGAACAUGAACUUAGCCAUUUUAUAACAUCCGUUACUGGCUUGUAAUGAGGCAAUAUAUGGAUACAAUAAGAAAAACAAUGUGUUGAAUGGAAUCCUAAAUGGAAGCCUAAAAACCCAAAACAACAGCAUAUUUUCAAAAUCUCAACAUGAAUAUUAACCAUAAAUCAUGGGGGGUGGGUGGCGGGGGGGCUCUCAUUAAAGACUUAUUUGAAGUCUGCCUUUAGGCACAUCUCACUGACAUUUAUAGAGGUUUGAUAAGUAGCACAUUUGAUAAUUUUUCAGUUAUCAGGCUCCACUUUCGUUUAUAACAUCAUAUUAGCACUCAUGAUUUUAAUGCGUUGUCUUUAAGGAGUGAUGUUGAGAAGCUGUGCUGUAACUGCUUUGUUAAUAUAUUCUGCUGUUUAGGAUUGGUUAUGUCGUUAGAUAUUUUUAUAACAAAAUGUUUAUACUGCAUUGUCUGUCAGCAAGUUCACUUUCUAAUCAUGUGAAAUCAUAUUUCACUUUAGGGUUGAACCAAUAUUAGGGAAUUCAAAUUAGAGUGUUACUUGUUCUUUAUGAGAACAGGAAUAUAAACUGUCACACUUAUGAAAGGUUUUUUGUUGUUGUUGCUGUUUUUUUUUUUUAUUUUUUAUUAUUUUUUAAUUCCUGUCUGCAAUCAUGCUAUAUAGUGAUGAUUUUUCAGGUUAAUACUCACUCAAGGAAUGAUGCAAUGGCUUUGAAAUUUCUACUGAAGAUAAAUGUUUAAGAGAUUUAUAAUUCUUAUUUUCAUGUACUAUCAAAAUAUCUAAAUAAAAUAUAUAUUUUUCUUUCUCUUCAAA